GAAGUGAGUGAAGCAGUCGCCAGGGAGCCCCGGAAGUGGCCGCUGCUGGGCUUUCCUGGUGUUGCUGAGUUUUGGUUUGCGAUGGGUUGCGACGGAGGAACAAUCCCCAAGAGACACGAACUGGUGAAGGGGCCGAAGAAGGUUGAGAAGGUUGACAAAGAUGCUGAACUAGUUGCCCAGUGGAACUAUUGUACUUUAAGUCAGGAAAUACUAAGACGACCCAUAGUUGCCUGUGAACUUGGCAGACUUUAUAACAAAGAUGCCGUCAUUGAAUUCCUUUUGGACAAAUCUUCCGAGAAGGCCCUUGGGAAGGCAGCAUCUCACAUUAAAAGCAUUAAGAAUGUGACAGAACUAAGGCUUUCUGAUAAUCCCGCCUGGGAAGGGGAUAGAGGAAGCACAAAAGGUGACAAACAUGACGACCUGCAGCGGGCGCGGUUCAUCUGCCCCGUCGUGGGCUUGGAGAUGAAUGGCCGGCACAGGUUCUGCUUCCUGCGGGGCUGUGGCUGCGUGUUUUCUGAACGAGCCUUGAAGGAGAUAAGAGCAGAAGUGUGUCACACAUGUGGGGCCGCCUUCCAGGAGGAUGACGUCAUCGUGCUCAACGGCACCAAGGAUGAUGUGGAGACGCUGAAGGUGCGGAUGGAGGAGAGGAGGCUCAAGGCGAAGCUGGGAAAGAAAGCAAAGAAGCCCAAGGCGGUAGAGGCUGUCUCAAAACCAGAUGUCAGUGAAGAAUCCCCAGGGCCAUCCAAAGUGAAGACCGGGAAACCUGAAGAAACCAGCCUUGACUCCAGAGAGAAGAAAGCCGGCCCGGCUCCCAGAAGCGCAGUGGCCGGUGGGAGCUCUUCCGGGAAGGCCGGGAAGCCUGUGUGCGGCGCCACGAAGAGGUCCAUUGCCGACAGCGAGGAGUCCGAGGCGUACAAGUCCCUCUUCACCUCCCACAGCUCCGCCAAGCGCUCCAAGGAGGAAUCGGCCCACUGGGUCACCCACACGUCCUACUGCUUCUGAGGCCCGGGGUCCCCCGGGUCCCCGACCCAUGGGCCCGUGGUUGUGAGGUCGCCCUCCCAGACCCCGGAGCUGGCGUGGUCGCCCUCGCUCGUGCAGCGCCCGGGCUCCAGGGGUGGCUGUGCCCGCACCUGCCCGCCCUGCCCGCAGGCCCUGCCCCUCCUGCAGGACCCCCCGCCCCCCGCGCCCGCUCCCCCUGCAGAUGUGCCAGGCCCCGGGGCCCCCCUCCACCCAGAAAGACCGUUGGCUGCGCCUUCUGUGCUGAACAUCAUUAAAGACUCCAGAUUCCUCGCA